CGCCUGCCGAAGGACACGCGCCGUCCGGGAGGCCUCCCCGGAGGAGGCGGCGGGAGGAGGCAGCAGCAGCAGCAGCAGUAGCCGGGGCGGGGGGUGCUGCUGCUGCUGCUGCUGCUCGGUGCGGGGGCGCGGCGGCGGCCGCUCCAGCCAUGCCGAAUAAAAACAAGAAGGAGAAAGAACCAGCCAAAUCUGGAAAAGGUGGGAAAAGUGGAAAAGAAGGACCCGAUAAUUCAGAACAUGAGAUUUCUAACAAGAAAGCCAACAGCGCGACUCCUCCCCAAACUCCAUUAUCAAAAAUAAAAGUACCUUCUGCGCAGACUGUAUUAAAGAAAGAGAAACGCCAGAGUUCUUCGAGAUUUAGUAUCAGCAAUAACAGAGAACUCCAGAAACUACCAGCUUUAAAAGAUGUUCCUCCUGCUGAUCAAGAGAAGCUUUUUAUUCAGAAGUUGCGUCAGUGUUGUGUCCUCUUUGAUUUCGUUUCUGAUCCACUAAGUGACCUGAAGUGGAAGGAAGUAAAACGAGCUGCUUUAAGUGAAAUGGUAGAAUACAUUACCCACAAUCGCAAUGUGAUCACCGAGCCUAUUUACCCAGAGGUAGUACAUAUGUUUGCAGUUAACAUGUUUCGAACAUUACCACCAUCCUCCAAUCCCACGGGAGCAGAGUUUGAUCCAGAAGAAGAUGAACCCACACUAGAAGCUGCAUGGCCUCAUCUACAGCUUGUUUAUGAAUUUUUCUUAAGAUUUUUAGAAUCUCCAGAUUUCCAACCUAAUGUAGCUAAGAAAUAUAUCGAUCAGAAGUUUGUAUUGCAGCUUUUAGAGCUUUUUGACAGUGAAGAUCCUCGGGAGAGAGAUUUUCUUAAAACAACUCUUCACAGAAUCUAUGGGAAAUUCUUAGGCUUACGAGCUUACAUCAGGAAACAGAUUAAUAAUAUAUUUUAUAGGUUUAUUUAUGAAACAGAGCACCACAAUGGCAUAGCAGAGCUACUGGAAAUAUUGGGAAGUAUAAUUAAUGGAUUUGCCUUACCAUUAAAAGAAGAGCACAAGAUUUUCUUAUUGAAGGUGUUAUUACCUUUGCACAAAGUGAAAUCUCUGAGUGUCUACCAUCCACAGUUGGCAUACUGUGUAGUUCAGUUUUUAGAAAAGGACAGCACACUUACUGAACCAGUGGUGAUGGCACUUCUCAAGUACUGGCCAAAGACUCAUAGUCCAAAAGAAGUCAUGUUUUUAAAUGAACUAGAGGAAAUUUUAGAUGUUAUUGAACCAUCUGAAUUUGUAAAGGUUAUGGAGCCUCUCUUCAGACAACUAGCCAAAUGUGUUUCCAGCCCACAUUUCCAGGUGGCAGAGCGAGCACUGUAUUACUGGAAUAAUGAGUACAUUAUGAGUUUAAUCAGUGACAAUGCAGCAAAGAUUUUGCCUAUCAUGUUCCCAUCCUUGUACCGCAAUUCAAAGACUCAUUGGAACAAGACAAUACAUGGCUUAAUAUACAAUGCGCUGAAACUCUUCAUGGAGAUGAACCAAAAACUGUUCGAUGACUGCACACAACAGUUUAAAGCAGAAAAACUGAAAGAGAAGCUAAAACUGAAGGAACGAGAAGAAGCAUGGGUUAAAAUAGAGAAUCUAGCCAAAUCAAAUCCCCAGUACGCAGUGUGUAGUGACACCAGUGCCCUGAACAGUCCUGUUGCAAUGGAAACCGAUGGGCCCUUAAUUGAAGAUUUAAAGAUGCUGAGAGAGACAGUGAAUGAAGAGGCUCGUCAGGCACAGAAAGAUCAGAAAAAGGACCGUCCUCUUGUGCGACGCAAGUCAGAACUGCCUCAGGAUAUCUAUACCAUGAAAGCCUUGGAAUCCCAUUGCAGAGCUGAUGAAAUAAUAUCACAUGAUGGGCAUUAGACUAUUCAGUGGAAUAUAUUGCGGGGAAGAAUUUUUUUUCUGGACUCAGUAGAAAAUGCAUACUUUUUGUGCCAUACCAAUCAGUUACACAUGAAGUCAAAGCUUUCUUCAACCCAGUUCUGUAGGCAAUAAUUCAAUAUGCAGCUCAAGAUCAGUGGGUUCAAACAAUGGUAAAUUAUUGGAUGUCACACAUGUGGAACCUUGGGUUGAUUAGUAUUAAAUAGCCUCAUUUUUUUUGGUAGUGUUAUCAUAGACCCAAGCGUAUUACAAAUAUGAAUUUAUCUCUAAAAUUUUAGACCUGAGAAAAGCACCCUGAUCGCCCUGUGUACCUUAUUCCACCAAAAUGAAAUGUAUAUCACUUAUAAGUAGCUGCUACUGUGAAAGUAACAGCAUUUGUUUUCAAAUCAAAAUAACACUGUCAAUUUGGAGUAUUACACAUUUUCUAGGGCUUUUUUUUAACCUUGGAAUAGUUUCCAUAUUGGUAUCAGCAGUUUAAAAAAAAAAACCUACCACUUAAAAUUAUUCCUUUUAUUAUGACACGUAGCUUACAGAUAUUGGACUUAAUGACCGUCAUCAGUCAUUGUUGUUUUUCUAAGUUCUUUAUUUUGGGUAAAUCCACGUGAACCGUGUCCUAAUAAUUUUUCAUAUAUCUAAAGCCAUAUUUUAAAGUCUUUACUACAGCACCAGUGUUCCAGAAACAGAUAAGAAGAAAUUUGUUUUCCUAUGCUCAGUUUCUUUCGAACCUGGAAUUGGAUUCAGUUUUUUAAAGUGUUAAAUAGUUUCAUUUUCAAAAUUCUGAUUUUUGUCCGUACUGUAACACUUGUUGGCUGUUGCCCCUUAACUGAGCUUUUUAAAAUUUAUCUAUAAAUAUUUGGGCUCUAAGAGCUCAGAAUUUGGAAGAGAUCAGAAUGAGGUCAUUUUAAGGUGGAUCGGUUCUCUUUUCCUAGCAAAAACUUUUGCAUUCCAGGAAAAUGCCCAACAUCGCAGUAUAAAGUGAACUAGACAUUAAAAUGACAUUGUUCUAUACCUUUUUACCUUAACUGUGAGGCUAGGAGCAUGGGAGAAGCAACAGUGAUGAUAAUUUUAUGUGGAUAUAUAUGUCUUAUGUGGAAAAGAGCACACUCAUUACAAAUACACCUCACAAGGAAAAUGAAAAUGCAUUCAAAUUUCCAUUGAUCUUCAAAUGCUGCUAUAUAUUCCACCAAGUUAUUUGCAUGUAAUGGGCUUUUUGUUAUAAAUGGAACAGCACGGGAGGAAAAAUACUCUUUAAACUUAAUGCUUUGUCUAUUUUUGAUUUCUCUCAGGGUGGCCAGUAUUUUGACUUAUUUAUCCUGCUUGAAAGCUGUUUGAAAUGUGUUCUGCUAUUCUAGAUGGGUGAUUCUAGUUUCUUUUGUCUCUUGCAGUAAGAUAAUAUAACUUAAUGUUAAAUGUCUUGAUGCAUAAGAUGAUAAAAUGUGGCUUCUUUAAAAAUCUGUUAUUUAAAAAAGAAGAAAGGGUCUCCUGCAUCCAUAAAAAUAUUGUGAAAAGCAGACAUAGUUACCUUGUGCAGAUGUAGUGCCUGAUGUCUGUUGGUUUCAUUUAAAAUUCAUUUACAAUGUUUUGUUCCCUUAUAUUUUGGCGGGAAAUCAUUUUUGUGGAGGGGAUUUAGUGUUGUAAGAGAGAAAACUAAAUUGAAAGACCACCCCGGCUUGAAGUGGAAAAGUCCACUGUGUAAAGAAAACUUCCUGUGAAACUUGAAAAGAAUCUGCUUUACCAUUAUGAUAAAACUAUAAUUAACAAAGUUUAAAGAUGCCUUCUCCUUUUGAGGGAAAAAGGGUGCUUUUAUAUCAUAUAAAGCAAUGUCUUAUGUAUUUUGAUAUACCAUUGUUUGAACUUCUGUCUUUAGCUGGUAGAUUAUCAGAUAUCUUUGAUUUGGGGUAUUCAGUAUGCUUGUGCAAAGGAUUUCUGGAAAGAAGUAAUUUCAUUUUGCCCUUGGGGGGAAAAGCAUAUAUAUCAGUGUUUGGUUGACUGUAAAGUAAAAGAUCAUCUUUUUGUCUCAAUUUUAUUUCUGUUCUUUAUUGAAGACAAACAUUCACCAAAAGAUAAGCAUAGUCAUGUUUUUGAAAGAAAUUACAAAUAAUGGAUUUGAGAUUUUGACCUAUUGCAUUUUUCAGUGUCCCACCCUAAUUGUUUAACUUGCUUAUCAUACUUGGGUAUAAUGUGUAAUCUGUACUGAAUGAAUUUUAAAACUACUCUGACGAAAAAUAAACAUUAAACUAGAAAUUUGGUGACUGUUUUCCUUCAUAAAGCUCUGUAUUUGACAUCUUCAUGUUUUCCAAAAUACUGUAUACCUGUACAUCAGGAAUGUCAAUGAUAAUAUUACAAGUGUCUUUUAAGUGUGGCUCUAGUAUGGCUUCAUUUUAAUAUUGUACAUACAUUGUACUUUGUUUUAUGGUAAUAAGUAAUAAAAAUGUAGACUUCAUAUUUUGUACAAAAAUGUCCUAUGUACAGAAUAAAAAAGUUCAUAGAAACAGCAAAAA